AUGUCGUUCUCGAGCACCCCAGCGGUGGUGAUGGACAACGGGACCGGGCUUACCAAGCUCGGUUUUGCAGGAAAUGACUCUCCCUCGUGGGUGUUCCCCACCGCUAUUGCCACGUCGACGUCACUGCGGAAAUUGGAGGACCUCGAUUUCUACAUUGGCGACGAGGCGAUCGACGCCGCCCAGGGCCCCAACUACUCGUUGAGCUACCCGAUCAAGCACGGUCAGAUUGAGGACUGGGACCACAUGGAACGUUUCUGGGAAAACUCCAUUUUCAAGUACUUGCGGUGUGAACCUGAGGACCACUACUUUUUGUUGACUGAACCUCCGCUUAACCCUCCGGAAAACCGUGAAGCAACGGCAGAAAUCAUGUUUGAGUCGUUCAAUUGUGCCGGGUUGUACAUUGCCGUGCAGGCGGUGUUGGCGUUGGCGGCGCUGUGGACGUCGCUGAAAGUCCAGGACCGGUCGUUGACGGGUACCGUUAUCGAUCUGGGUGACGGUGUCACUCACGUUAUCCCCGUUGCCGAAGGUUAUGUCAUUGGCACCGCCAUCAAGAACAUUCCUUUGGCAGGGAGAGACAUCACCUUGUUCAUCCAACAAUUGUUGAGAGACCGUGGUGAGGCCGAUACUUCGUUGGCCACUGCCGAAAAGAUUAAGCAAGAGUUCUGUUAUGUGUGUCCCGACAUGGUGAAGGAAUUUGCCAAGUUUGACCACUACCCGCAAGAGAAGUUUGCUCAAUACAUCGUUGAAUACGCUGACCGCAACCGGAACAAGACCGUUGACGUUGGUUACGAACGGUUCUUGGCGCCGGAAAUCUUUUUCAACCCCGAAAUUUGUUCGCUGGACUACUUGACGCCGUUGCCCGUGGUGGUGGACCAAGUCAUUCAGCUGUCGCCGAUAGAUGUGCGUAAAAAGCUUUACAAGAACAUUGUGUUGUCCGGGGGGUCGACGAUGUUCAAGGACUUUGGCCGUAGAUUGCAACGAGACAUCAAGGGCAUCGUCAACGACAGAAUGGAACUCAACUACCUUGCCACUGGCGUGCGCAGUACCGGUAUUGAUGUUCAAGUGAUCUCUCACAAGAAGCAACGUACUGCCGUAUGGUAUGGGGGGUCGCUCUUGGCGUCGACCGCCGAGUUCAAGCGUUACUGCUACACCAAGGCCGACUACGACGAAAUUGGGCCGUCGGUGGUGAGAAACUUCUCGUUGUUUGGUGUGCCGUAA